CAAAAAAAAGUGACAACCCUAAUUGCGAAAAAAGAUAGAAGAACACAAAUGGGAGAAAGGCAGGUGCUGAACAAAUACUACGCUCCUGAUUUUGAUCCUGCGAAAAUCCCUAGACGAAGGCAACCCAAAAAUCAAAAUCAUCAAAUGAUUGUUCGUAUGAUGUUGCCUAUGAGCAUUUUGUGCACUACUUGUGGCAAUUUCAUCUACAGAGAUAACAAAUUUAAUUCACGAAUGGAGGAUGUGAUUGACACAUAUUUGGGAAUUCGAAUCUUCAGAUUUUACUUCAAAUGUACCAAGUGUUCUGCUGAGUUUACAAUCAAAACAGACCCCCAAAACGCAGACUAUGUUGUUGAGGCCGGUGCCAUACAAAACUUUGAACCACGGCGGGAUACAGAUGAGAAUUCUGAUCAGGAUAAACGGAAACGAGAUGCUGAAGAGAUUGGAGAUCCAUUGAAAUCAUUGGAGAACAAAAUAGAAACUCCAAGAGAGAAUGUUGUAGGCAGCAAAAUUGAUAUAAUGUCAGCCGUUGAUGAACUGAAAUCCAUCAAGUCAAGGUAUGCCCCUGUCACUACGGAAGAUAUGCUAAAGGCCUCGCAGCGCAUUCACAUUCGCACUCGUGGGGAUCAGGAGAAAAUGCUUGAUCAACAGGAUGAGGCCCUUAUUCAAUCCAUAUUUGGAGGGACUAACCUUAAACACCAUGUGAUUGAUUAUGAUGAUGACGAUGAUGACUGUGAAAAUGAGAUUAAGUUACCAAUUGACUGUAAAAAGCCUAUGUUGCAGCCUGGAGCACCGAGUUUCGUGGUGAAAAACAAAGCAGCUAUAAAACCAGGUGACAGAGAGCCUGUGAAGAACCAAGAUUUCAACAAUAAUGGUGAUAGUAAUAGUAAUGCACUUCUGUGA